UAUGUGAUUUUAAGAAAUAAAAAGUGAUUUGAAUUGAAGUUAUUAGUAUUUUAUUGCUACCUAUCUUUAAAAUUUCAUGUAAGUAAUGAAAUUCAUUAAGAUAAAAGAUCCGUUAAAGAUCCACUAAAAAGUAAUGGAUAUGGAUACAGAUCUUUUUUUUUUUCCUCGGAUAUCUGCGGAUAAGGAUAUGGAUAUCCAGAAAAGUGACUAUUUCUAUUUGUAGUUAAAUUUUAAUUUUAAAAAAUAUUGUUUAUUUAGUGACUAAUUUAGAGUUAUAUUUACAUUGUGGCAUUUUGCACUGGUACCUUGGAAAAGGGAUUAUAUUCUUUGUUAACAUGUGGAAUUGAUGUUAUAUCUGAACUGUUGCCAGUGAAGAUUGAUAACUUGUUUGAUCUAGUGUUAAGUUAUAGAGGUAAAAAUUAGGUUACACAUAUAUAUAUAUUUUUUUUUUCACAAUACAAUGAGUACAUAUAAACAACCCUACUAACCUGAUGCAAAGGAACAACACACUAACAACUGUCAUAAAUCAUCGGGCUAUAAUUUGGAAUAAAUAAUUAUAAAUUACAAAUGAAUUUGGCACUAGAGGGAGGUGUUAUGUGCCAUCUCGUAUUAAAAUUAUUAAUUCAUUUGUAAUUUAUAAUUAUUUAUUCCAAAUUAUAGCUCGAUGAUUUACAGUAGUUGUUGGUGUGUUGUAACACAAUGAGUUUUAUGGAAUGUUGAGUUAUCAAGAGUUAAGUUUCUGGGACUCUGCUAUAAACUUUAACUGCUUAACUACAAGUAUAGGAGUGUGCAUUUAUAUAUUACUAGCUGAUGAGCUCGGCGUUGCUCGGACAAAAAGUAAUGAUAACGAAGAUUAAGAUUAUUACUUUACAGCCAAUCUUACCUGUUUUCACAGAAUGCAAGAAUUAGGUCCCUCUGUUUCCAGACUAAUUAGAAAAUUUUUAGAUGGGGCUAAAAAUAUGUUUGAUUUUCCGCAAAAAUGCAAAAAACCACAUCUGCGCCUGUAAAUCUUGCACGUUGCUUUCUCUUAACACUUCCAUUGUUACUGAACACUUCCAUUAUUGAAGCGUUAAUCCUGUCCCUUUCCCCCAUGGGAGGAAUUUUGAAAAAUCCCUUCUUAGUGUGCGUUCUCGUGACAUACCCUAACUGUGUACCAAAUUUCAACUUUGAACUCCUAACCGUUUGGGCUCUGCACUUACUAUUAUUAUUAUCAACCUGUCUCGAUUUUAUAUAUAUAUAUAUAUAGUGUUGGGAUAAAAAUCAUCUGGCGCACGGUUUUCCCGCGCUUUUCCAAUCGUUCGACGAACGACGGUUGUCACCAUAGAAACAGCGAUCAGACCACUUUUGAAGACUCGACCGCUCAUUGGUUGAGCGACAUCACGCCAUCAUCAGACGUCUUGUAGAGCUGCUAAGUUCUGAUUGGUGGAAUCCAAUUCUGCUUCAAUCCUAUAAAAGGAUUGAGUUGUGGCGGGAAGUUCAGUUCACCUUGGACGCUUGAAGGGAACUCACGUUGGGCCUUAGUUCGCUGAAGCUGCCCCGAAACUUGUCUCUUCUCGUUGUGCUGUAAAGGACUUUAGAGUUAGUUCGUUGCAAGGUGUCUUUUCGAUGGACCUGUUGUCGUGGAUAAAAGUUGAACUUUGUUACGAUUGAUGUUUUGUAAAUGUUUGUUUUGUGAACCUUUGUAACUGUACAUACGUUUAUUUUCAAUAUAUAUAUAAGUUUUGAAUUUUAAUCAGCGUAUGUGUGGUGUAUUUUGAACUUUACUGGCACAGUCGACAGGAUUACCUUGGAUUACCUUUGGAUUACCACGGAUCGGAAAGGCUGAUCUGCGACAAACAUAAGGACAGAACAACACCGGCAAUCAUUGACCCAGGUAAAUCUUUAUUUUACUCGCUAGCACAGAGAUGCCUAGACGCGCAAAAUCGCGUGGAUUGGAAACAAGAGAUUGGGAAGAUGAUGGGCUGACCAAGGGACGAAAGGCAGGCGUGAUGGGAGGCGAAUAUCGAGAGGAAAUCGAAUCGCUUAAGCUUCGGAUUGAACUCGCAAAAAUCGAGUUAGAGCAGGAAAGGCGACUCUUUCAGGCGCGGAGCUCGGCAGGGUGGGUUGUCAAGAGGAAAUUAGACAAUCCGGGGCACCAGGGAUGGAGCAAGCCGGCGGAAGUAGCUAAGGUCACGGAGAAGUUUGGGGAGGUGUCAGGUAGUAGGUUGCCCGGUAACAGCGAGGAGGUUAGAGAGCGAUGGGACUCUCAGAGAGGAAUGACGAGGAAACCCAUUCCCUCGGCACAGAGUUUCGUUGAACAGACCCCCAAGGCUAAUUGUAAUGCCUGUGGAAGGGCUGGGCACUAGAAGAGAGCUUGUCCUAAGCGGAAGGCAUCCAAUGAGUCCAAACAGGCAUGGCUAGUAACUACGAACAAGACAUCCCAAACAGACGAACCUUUGGUAGUGAGGGUAACGGUGUGUGACCAACCAAAGGUCAAGGAUGCGCCGAAAAGAAUCAAGCCGGUAGGCGACAGAAAUAGUCUCUCAGCUAUGGUCGAUUCUGGGGAUGAGAUUUCGGUCAUAAGGGAAUCAUUGGUGGCGGAAACGAAGGAGGAAAUCCAACAGGUUGGAUCCUUUGGUCACCGGUUUGAUUCGGUAACGAUCCCGAUAGGGCUGGGGGAGGAAGACUUCGCAGGGUUGCGAAGGUCAGAACUGGUGACUUGUGCCUUAACAGAUGAGUUAGACCAGACCACGGAUGCCUUGUUAUCAGAGGAGGAUUACUGGAUAUUAUUAGACCGAAAAGAGAAACUCCAGGGAGAGGGAGGAAGGCAGGUAAGGAGCUCGAGGGUAGAUGGUAACGGAAACCAUCAGGAAAAGGAAUCGGGACCUCUCUCAGAGGCGGGGUGUAGUGGAAAUAGCGACGAAAAUGAGAAAGAAACAGAAUUACGAGACGCUCAAGUCCGGGACGAGUCACUUUCUCGAUCGUGGGAGGCCGUUGAGGAUAAGAAAGAUGGGCUAGUUGUAGAGGACAGGAUACUAUAUCGGCAAUAUAGUUUGUUCGGCAGGCUCAUUAAUCAGGUAGAUGUUCCCCAAGAACGGAGAACAGAAGUGUUAGAUUUAGCACACAAAGCUCCGUGCGGUGGACAGUUUGGCAGUUGGAAAUUAGCAAGUUGCGUUCGUGAGAGCUGCUAUUGGCCGGGAAUGGCGAUUGAUAUCCGGAAGUACUGCCAGAAUAUUCAUAGGUGCCUAGUAAGAGCGCCUGAUCUAGUCCUAGAUAGGACCCCAGUUACACCACUUACUCGAUUCUCAACCCCAUUUCAAGUGGUUAACAUAGGCAUGAUUGUACCGAUUGAUCCCUUGUCAUCUAAUGGUCAUCGAUACGCAGUUAGCAUAAUCGGAUUAUGCACCCAUUGGUCAGAAGUGGAAGGGAUGAGAGCACUUUCGGUGACAGCCACUUGUUCGGUAUUUUUGCAAUUCUUUACACGGACGGGUUUUCCUGAACUGACUUGUUACGAUCAGCGGACCAAUUUCACCGCAGGAUUGACGCGUGAAAUGACCCUUAUGUUAGAAGUAGGGAAUGUAAAGAUAGAUCAGAUCAAAGGUGUUCACGAUAUUGCAACUAAGCAUACGGCCGUAAAGCGAGAAGAGUAUGUAAUGCAAUACAACUUGAGAGCACGGCCAAAGGAAUAUAACAUCGGGGAUACGGUUCUCGUGGAAAAGUCUUCCCCAUAUGAUAAAUUGGAUGAUCGGUGGGAAGGGUCUACCGAGGUAGAAAAAUUAGAACGUAAGGGAAGCUACCAUAUAAGGGUUGAAGACGGGAGAAUUAACUGGGACCAAAUAGAUAGUCCCAGAGAGUAUCGGAAGCGAACUUUUGCUGUAGGAAUAGUACUUGGUUCCGACGGGAGAUUCGGGGAACCGGUUCAAACGCUGUCCCUGCGACAGCUGCACGAUCGCGGACGAUGGGACGGGAGAGUAAGGGGAGUUCCUCCGCUUCCCCUGACGUCGGCACAGACCGAGCUGGAGGACGUGUCGAAGGAUUACAACUCGAUGUUCGGUAAUAGACCGAAGAAGAAAAACAUCAGGACACUUACGGGAGGGUGGAUCCCGAAACGUUUUACCCCAUACCAGACUGCGUUAGCUUUACGAAAGCAGUUAUUAGGCAUCGGUAACAAAGGCAUCUCUGCGUGUAGACGGGUAAAAUUCCCGGAUGUUCCGGUAGUAUGGGUCAGUUCGAUAUCGGACAAUUUUUGUAAGGUUGUUUGGUGUUGUGAAGGGAAUCAAACAGGCUUAAGUAAGCUCAGUUUGAUCCUCGGCCGUGGAGGUGUCAGGAUAAAAAUCAUCUGGCGCACGGUUUUCCCGCGCUUUUCCAAUCGUUCAACGAACGACGGUUGUCGCCAUAGAAACAGUGAUCAGACCAUUUUUGAAGACUCGACCGCUCAUUGGUUGAGCGACAUCACGCCAUCGUCAGACGUCUUGUAGAGCUGCUAAGUUCUGAUUGGUGAAAUCCAAUUCUGCUUCAAUCCUAUAAAAGGAUUGAGUUGUGGCGGGAAGUUCAGUUCACCUUGGAUGCUUGAAGGGAACUCACGUUGGACCUUAGUUCGCUGAAGCUGCCCCGAAGCUUGUCUCUUCUCGUUGUGCUGUAAAGGACUUUAGAGUUAGUUCGUUGCAAGGUGUCUUUUCGAUGGACUUGUUGUCGUGGAUAAAAGUUGAACUUUGUUACGAUUGAUGUUUUGUAAAUGUUUGUUUUGUGAACCUUUGUAACUGUGCAUACGUUUAUUUUCAAUAUAUAUAUAAGUUUUGAAUUUUAAUCAGCAUAUGUGUGGGUAUAUGAACUUUACUUAUAGAUUAGUUGAAACUGACAUUCGAACCCACGAUGGAUCUUGCUUUAUAUACCCUACCAAUGGGUUGUCCCACCCAUACAAAAAAGGCUUCGAAUGGUCCACAAUGUUCCAGAACAUUCCAUAACAUUCGAGAUUGUUUUGGAAUGUUCUACAAUGAGCUGGGAUGUUCCAGGAUGUUCUCGAAUGUUCCAGAACAUCCUGGAACAUUCUGGAAUGUUGUGGAAUGCUCUUGAAUACUCUCGAAUGUUCUGGACUGUUCUAGAAAUUUCUAGAGGGCGAAACUUCCAGCCCUUAUAUCUUCAACAGCAUGCCUUUCAGGUAAAAACGGGAACCUUCUUCAUGGAUGGGGGAUAGAGGGCUACCACACCAUAUAACUCCCUUGAUCAUACCGGGACUUGUUUUUGAGUUUUAGUGGCAUGCACAUUGUACAUUUACCUUUAUAAUAUAUAUUGAUUGAUUACACAGUUUACAAUGUUUUUGCUUGUAUUUUUUUCUGAUUUAGUAAUUCAUAAUUAUUAUUUUUAUUUUUAAAAUUACAAAAAAGUUUUCGCGAACUUCUUUGUUUUCCUUCUGUUUUUUGUGUCCAUUAGCAGUCCAGAACAAAUUUAUAUGCGGAGACAACCUUUCCUGAGAGGUUGAGGCAACCUUUCCUUAGAGGUAUUCAAAAAUUAAAUUCCGUCUGUCAAGUUUUUUAAUAUUUACUUCAUUUAAUAUUAUUUUUAUUUUUUCCAUCUUAUUUUGUAAUUUAUAAAUAUAUAAUCAUUGCCAUAAAAAUUAGUGUCCCAAGAAGGAGUUGUUGGAAUCAAACAAAAUUGUACAUGUGUGAGUGUAACAGUGAUAUAAGUGAUUACAAAAUGAAUGCAAAAGAAUUAUUUAUUGCAGGAAAAACUACAAAUGAAAGUACCCUGUUGGGCCAUGUCUAGCGUAAAUGUGUGAUAUGAUAUGGACAGGAAUGGAGGCAUACUGGUCUCAUAUGGUAUCCUGUGGCAUCUCAGUCCCACAGUUGCCUCAAGUAGUCCUCUAGUUCGGCCAAACUCCUAGGCUGUCCAACUUGGCGUUCCAGGUGAUCCCAGAUGUGUUUGGUCAGUGACAAAUUGGGACUGGGCAGGCCACAAAAAUGUGGAGGCAGUCCUGUGGUCCCACACUCUUGCUGUGUGUGGUCAAGUAUUGUCCUUCUGGAAAAUGGUUCUUGGGAGCCAUGCCAUAAGAGGCAGCACAUAUGGCACAAGGAUGUCACUGACAUACUGCUGUACUGUCAUGAUCCAUUGAAUCAUUACUAGAAGUGACUGGCUGUCAUAUGUGAUGGCACCCCAGACCAUCAUACCAUUUAUGAGGUACAGCUCCAAAAUGUAGACAGGAUUGAGGAAUUUGCUAUGGGACCUCCAGACAUGAAUAUGGCUAUCAUCAAUGCCCAAACUGAAUCUGAAUUUGUUUCUAUAAUUAACCCGUUCCAUUCUUUAUGGUGCAGUCCCAUCAGAAGUGCUCCAAACAAGGCAACGAUGGGUGGCUGUCAAUGAUAGCACAUGUAAUGACCACUAUGAUACCAAAUAUUCCUUACCCAGGUACCUCAAAAUGGUAUGGAUAGACACAGGUCUGUAAUAAUAGCACCAUCUGUAUCUGGAUGGUAGACAAUGAUAUGGUUGGCUGUGUGUGUGCUUGUAAGAGGACCAGGUGGUCCUUUUGGCUAGUGGUCUGCUGAGGGUGUCCUGAGUAUGGACACCAGGUGUGUGAGCUCUCCCUUACAAGGUGUGUGAGCUCUCCCUUACAGGUUUCAACACCUCACAGUGUUGUCAGAACAGCCUAGGUGGUGGGUUAUUCAGCAAGAUGACUAUUUGGCUUCUCUCAACCCAAUGAUCCUUCCUUUCUCAAACUCUGGUAGUUGUUCAUAUGGUCUUCCAUUGCAAUGUAAAGGAAUCUCUAGUGAUAUAGCAUCCCUCUGCAACAGGUAAACUACAGACAGGAUGCCUUUGUGUGCUUUUUGUAGGAUAAGGGGAUGCACUUUAAUGCCUUCUGCUGGCAUUAAGCCAUCACACUAUAACUCUAAUCAUUUCUAUAUCUGCUUGAGACUUAUUUGUAAUCCAAGUUUUAUAGCAAUAUGACAACUUAUGUUAAUUUUUAUGGCAAUGAGUAUAUUUUAAAUUGUUUAUGUACUGUUUUACUCAUUGCAGAUUUUUUAAUUUAUUGUUUGAUUCAG